AUGACGAAAUCGUAUUCCAUUGAGUGGCUCUCCCAAAGCUAUCACUCCACAUCGACAGGGAAGGAGAGUGUAGAAGAUAAAAUGGCAACAACUUUCAAACCGCAUGUACCUUGCUUGGCUCAGCCUCGUCCACCAACAGCAUUCUGCAAAGAGUCUCUACAACCAAAAGCAAAUAAUAUGAAGAAAUGUUUGAAGAAAUAUAUCGAGGAGAAAAGAAUUGAUUCGCCUUCACCUUCCAGUCUGUUCCACUCGUGUUCUCCAACACUUUCAGAAAGCAGCGGAGAGUCAUCUGGUUAUGAAAGCGAAACUGUUCCAUCAGAAGCCACCUCUGUCGAGGGAGAAGACGGUAGAGGUUAUUCCGGUGCUCAUCGAAGAAUGCGAACGAAAUUUACAUCAGAUCAAAUGUACAAACUGGAGAACACUUUCAAUAAGAACAAGUAUUUGGGUGCUUCCGAGAGAUUGAAAGUGGCAGCAAAACUACACCUUUCUGAAACUCAGGUGAAAACGUGGUUCCAGAACCGAAGAAUGAAACGAAAGCGUGAGGUGCAAGAUCUGCGUCCAGACUUCUUGAGCCCCGCUCUAAUGCCUCAGAUGAUAUACCAGCCCGUUUCUUCUUUCCAGGACUUCAGCUACCCUGUGCAGCAGCUUGCAGUUCCCAAUGACACUGCAGAAAACCUGGCAGCACACUAUCUCUACCCAUCCCUCAUCCAGCAGGUGCCUCUGCAACAAAUGGCAUUCCCUCAGCCACCACUUCACCCUAUGCUGCUGGCGUCACAAUAUUAUUAA